GAAGCCCCUUGUAAAAUGCAAAGCGCUUUGCCCUGCUCUGACUCCUGCCUGCGGAAGGGUUCAGUGCCAAAGUGAAAGGCUUCCUAAAAAUGGGCUGAUCCGGGGAGGGGGGCGAUUUAGGAGCUAUUGAGAAACAAGGAAGGACAAACAGUGUUAGGUCAUUGCUUCUGCAAACACAGCCAAGGCUGUUCCUCUAUAAAAGAGGCAGAAAGCGGUUCCAGAGCCAUCACAGACUUGGAGGGGACGGUCUGUGACCAAGGCUGCUGCACCCCUCCCACGGCUCCCGACCCCCUGCUCAAGCAUGAAACUCGCCCUCUUCACUGUGCUAUCCUUCGGGAUAGUGGCUCUGUGUUUUGCUGCUCCCCAGAAGCCAAGUGUCAGGUGGUGCACAAUAUCCUCAGCAGAAGAGAAAAAAUGCAAUAGCCUGAAGGACCACAUGCAACAGGAGAACUUUGCUUUCAGUUGCCUGCAGAAAGCAUCGUACCUGGACUGCAUAAAAGCCAUUUCGAAUAGCGAAGCAGAUGCCAUUAGCUUGGACGGAGGUCAAAUUUUUGAGGCAGGCCUUGCUCCCUACAAGCUGAAGCCCAUCGCUGCUGAGGUCUAUGAACACAGUGAAGGCUCCACUACCAGCUACUACGCCGUGGCCGUUGUGAAGAAAGGAACAGGCUUCUCGAUAGAUGAGCUGCAGGGCAAGACCUCCUGCCACACGGGGCUGGGCAGGUCGGCUGGCUGGGUCAUCCCCAUUGGGACACUCAUCCACCGCGGGGCCAUCGAGUGGGACGGCAAAGACUCGGGCUCCAUCGAGCAAGCUGUGGCCAAUUUCUUCUCUGCCAGCUGUGUUCCUGGUGUCACCACUGAACCCAAACUGUACCGCCAGUGCAAGGGGGAUGCCAAGACCAAAAUGUCACGCACGGGACCUUAUUCUGGAUAUUCUGGAGCUUUUCACUGUCUGAAAGAUGGCAAAGGAGACGUGGCUUUUGUGAAACACACAACUGUUCAAGAGAAUGCCCCAGCUGAGAAGGAUGAGUAUGAGCUGCUGUGUCUGGAUGGCACCCGCCAGCCCGUAGACAACUACAAGGCCUGUCACUGGGCCAGGGUUCCUGCUCAUGCCGUUGUGGCUCGAGAUGACAGCAAGGUCAAUGACAUCUGGAACUUCCUCUCCAAAGCACAGGAAAAAUUCGGCGUGGGCACAACCAGCACCUUCCACCUCUUUGGGCCACCUGGCAAGAAGGACCCAGGCCUCAAAGACUUGCUUUUCAAAGACUCUGCAGUACAGCUGAAGCAAAUCCCAUCACUGAUGGAUUCUCAGCUCUACCUGGGCUUUGAAUAUUACAGUGCUGUCCAGAGCCUCCAGCAAGAUCGCCUGACCCCCAGCCGCAGAGACAGCAAGAUCCAGUGGUGUGCCAUUGGCAGGGAUGAGAAGAAGAAGUGUGACGUCUGGAGCGUGAUGAGCAACGGGGAUGUGGAGUGCGUUGUGGCAGAGGACACCAAGGAAUGCAUCACAAAGAUCAUGAAAGGUGAAGCAGAUGCCAUCAGCUUAGAUGGAGGCUUUGUCUACACUGCUGGCAUGUGUGGCUUGGUGCCAGUGAUGGCAGAGAGCUAUGAGGAUAAUCACUGCGACUCACAAGCAGAACCAGCAACCUACUUUGCUGUGGCUGUUGUGAAGAAGUCUGACAAGGAUAUCAGCUGGAACAACCUGCAGGGUAAGAAGUCGUGCCACACCGCUGUGGGGAGAACUGCUGGCUGGAACAUCCCCAUGGGGCUGAUCCACAACAGGACAGGCAACUGCAACUUUGAUGAAUACUUCAGCCAGGGCUGCGCUCCCGGGUCUCCUCCCACCUCCCGCCUCUGCCAGCUGUGCAAGGGCUCCGGGGGGGUCCCUCCCGAGAAGUGCGUUGCCAGCAGCCACGAGCAGUACUACGGAUACACCGGAGCUUUGCGGUGUCUGGUUGAGCAGGGGGAUGUGGCCUUUAUCAAGCAUUCCAUUGUUGAGGAGAACACUGAUGGCAAAAAUACAGAAAGCUGGGCCAAAGAUCUGAAAAUGGACCAAUUUGAGUUGCUGUGCACUGAUGGGCAGCGGGCAAACGUCAUGGAUUACAGAAGAUGCAACCUGGCCAAAGUCCCUACCCACGCUGUGAUGGCCCGUCCUGAGAAAGCACAACAAGUCCGUGAGAUGCUGGAGAACCAAGAGAGGCUGUUUGGACCAAAAGGAACCAGGAAAGAAGAUUUCAAUAUGUUUGCAUAUGAAUCCAAGGAUCUUCUGUUUAAAGACCGGACAAAGUGCCUGAUCAGUCUCCGUGAUGGAAUAUCGUACAAGGAGUUCCUUGGAGAUAAAUACUAUGCUUCACUUGCCAGCCUCAACACCUGCAAUCCAUCAGAUCUUCUCCAGGUGUGCACCUUCCUUGCAGACAAGUAUGAUGGCAACUCCACAACCUCCCUGGGCAGGCUGUCCUGCUCCCGGCAGCCCCCGAAGGAGGACAUUCCUCUCAUGUCCACUCGGAACCCGCUCCUCAGGGAGAACUACAGCUCCCAUGAGCCCCCGCGCCGCGCCCUUCCCGGCGUGCCGCGGGGCCGGAAGCGGAAGCGCGGCGUGGCCACGUGUGCGGCCAUGGCGGGCGGGCUGGAGCCGCACCUGGCGGCGCUGCGCCGGGAGCUGGGCGGCCCCGCCGUGCUCUCCGUGCUCGUCGCGCUCCUCGCCGUCGCCAUCACCUUCCUGCUCUGGCGGUUCGUGCAGGGCAGGAAGAGCAGCCGCAAGGCCGUGCUGCUGCUGGGCCUCUGCGACGCGGGGAAGACGCUGCUUUUCGCGCGGCUGCUGUCGGGGCGCUACCGGGACACGCAGACCUCCAUCACCGACAGCUCUGCUGUCUACAGGCCCAGCCAGGACAAGAGCACAAACGUGACCUUGAUCGACCUUCCAGGCCAUGAGAGUCUGAGGCUGCAGUUCCUGGAGAGGUUCAAGGCUGCAGCCAGAGCCAUCGUGUUCGUGGUGGACAGCGUGGCCUUCCAGCGGGAGGUGAAGGACGUGGCCGAGUUCCUGUACCAGGUGCUGGUGGACAGCACCGUGCUCCGCAACGCGCCCGCGCUGCUCAUCGCCUGCAACAAGCAAGAUGUCACAAUGGCAAAAUCAGCAAAACUCAUCCAGCAGCAGCUGGAGAAAGAGCUCAAUACCCUGCGGGUGACACGCUCUGCAGCCCCCACCAGCCUGGAUGGCUCAGCCACAGGGGGCCCUGCCCAGCUGGGGAAGAAGGGCAAGGACUUCGACUUCUCCCAGCUGCCCAUGAAGGUGGAGUUUGUGGAGUGCAGUGCUCGAGGCAGCAAGGGAGAGGAGGGAGAGGCUGACUUGGAGGGCCUCGAGAAGUGGCUGGUGAAGGUGGCCUGAACAGAGAUGGACAGGGCUGGGGGGCUGAAGGAAAAAAGAUGAUCUGGAGCACUCAAAUCUCAUCCUGAUGUAAAAAGAAGGAACUUGAGCUGGAAGUCAGCACUGUGGUGUCUUCUUCUGCUGCUCGUGGGCUUGGGAGAGACAUGACAAUUGCUGGUGUGAUUCCCUCUGACUGUCCAUUUAUGCUGCAAUGUUUCUGUCCUCUCCCCUCUUCCCUUGCCCCCCUCUGGGCUGCUGGAACCUCUGGGCUUUUCUUUUCCUUAAUCUUUAGGCUUUUCAAUCUGCUAAGCAAAUUAGGAAGGAGUGCACUGGCAGGUGAGUUUUAGAGACUGGAGUGAGCCUGUUGUUUCCUGCCAUGGUUUAGACCCCUGUUGCCUCUCAGAGCCACUGACCACCUGAUGGUUGGGGCUGCUGGGGAGCACUGCACAAGCUCCCUAAGUUGGGCAGGCAUUGAGAGGGUAUAAAAAGCUGGUUUCCUCUUUGUGUCUGCCAAAACUGACACAGUUGUUCCAAACUGGUGCAGCCCCAUUUCUGUGGGGCAGGAGGAGUGUGAAAUGCCCAAACCAGACUGCCUGCCCUGCUUUUCUCCCUGGGCCCAGCUCUGUGUCCUUGUCAGUGAUUUCCUCUCUUGAUCAGCUCCUGGGAGUUUUUCUUCAGCUGAGGGCUGUGUCCUCAGCUUCACUCUGCUUCUCCUUCCAGGCUCUCCUCCCACUGCCAGGAGCACUCUAAGAGAGGCAGAGCUACAGGGGGCCAUGGCAUGAAUCUGAGAUGGACACCCUUUCAGAUCUGUACCUGCAGCUGGGACCUGCCAGGCAUUUGCUGUGCAGUCUCCUGCUGCCUCCUGCUCCAGUGGCUGCAGGAAGGUCUUCCUUUGUGUGUAAUUAAUUAGUCAGCCCUUGUGGCAGAGUGAGAGGGAAAGUCCAGGAGCUGCCAGCAUGUGGGUGUGCUUCCUCCUUGUGGCAGAGAUGCUCCAGGAAGAGGGGAAUGAAAUAGGAGAUUUUCCCAGUUUGUAUCUCACUGCACAUUGCAGAGUCCCAGUGCAGUGACAUUUUCCCUUUGUGGUUUCCCCUCUUGUUUUAGGGUUGAGGGGAUGGCUGGCUCCUGGCAGACCCUUUUUUUUAGGUUUUUUUUUUUAGUUUGUUUUUUUAGUUUGUUCUUUUUUUUUAGACCCCUCUCCCCUGUGAUUUGAGUCCUCCUUCCUCACUCAACUCAUCUGUUGUGUUCUUUUCCUUCUCUGGGGCUUUUCCUGCCUCCCUGCAGCAUUGCCAAGUGUUGGGAAGAGCAGGAACAGCCUUCAGCAAAGGCCUGUGCCUGUAAUGAAGCUGGUCCUUGCAUUUCCAGCCUCGGGAACCAUCCGUGCAGGAGGUGGGGAGGGUUAUAUUUACCAAACAUGUUACAUUCUUCUGUCUCCUGCAGGCAGAGUCCUGUUGGAACGUGUUUGUCAUGCUUUGAACUCCUUUAGCUGGAGGUCUUGGGCUGCCUGCUUCUAAUCCAUAAUGCUGAAAUGAUUUUGGGCAAAAAGUUGCUGUUUCUUUGGCUGAUUGUUCUUGCAGAGACACAGAAGCCAAGCACCAGCCUCAGCUUAAGGGAGGGAGGUACCAUGAGGCCAUGGUGGGUUUUAAGUUAUUAUUUUUAAAAGUAUUCCUUUAGUAAAUUCUUUUAUGCUUAAAUGUUUGUUCUC